AUGCAAUUCAAGAACAUCGUUGCUUCCUUCGCUGCCGUCGCUGCUGUUGCCUCUGCCCAAAACGCCACCAACGGUACUAACGCCACCAACGGUACUAACGGUACCAACGGUACCAACGACACCACCUCUGUCUCCACUGGUGCUGCCGCUGCUAACGCUAUGGGUGCUGGUGUUUUCGGUGCUGCCGUUGCCGCUGGUGUUGCCUUCUUGUUCUAA